CACGUGCAAUUUUUUCUGAACAACAAUUAGCUCAAAUGAGUCCGUGCGUAGAUGAUUUAACCCAGCGAUUGAAACCGGUUGUCUGUGAAUUUGCGGAGCGCGCAAAUCCGGCUGAUCGUGCAAAUGGUCAGGCGAAAGUGUCACAAGCAUUCUACAAUGUUUUUGCGCAAACACGUGCUGAAUGGAUAAAAUCUGGCAAGAUGGAUGAAACGGGAAAUCUUCUUGGAGUAACAGCAGCGGAGGUAUUUGCCGAUAUUCAGGCGACAUUGGCCGGUAGUCAGCCUCCACCAUCCGUCAACAAUGAUGAUACGACAACGGCUGGUCAAAAUGAACGCGAUCAAAAUGUGAACAUUGAUGCAUAG